AUGUGUCGAUUCUUGGUAUACAAAGGCAGACAUGAGAUCCGUCUCAGCAAAUUAGUGACUGAACCAAGCCAUUCAAUCUUGACUCAAUCCUAUGAUUCCCGCUUAAGACUAGACAACCGCCGUCCAGUCAAUGGAGAUGGGUUCGGAGUAGGCUUCUACACAGACCCCAAACUAGGCCCCGAACCAUGUAUUUUCACUUCAACGCUUCCAGCCUGGAACUGUGAAAACCUCGAACGACUCGCCUCCAAGACUUGUUCGAAUCUAAUCUUUGCGCACGUGCGCGCCACCACCGAGGGAGCUCUCUCCGACAACAACUGCCAUCCAUUCCAGCAUCAGACCCUGAUGUGGAUGCACAACGGCGGUAUCGGCGGAUGGCACUACAUCAAGCGGACGCUGGCGGACUCGCUGGCGGACCGCUGGUAUCUCGGCGUGAAAGGCGGCACGGAUAGUGAGUGGGCAUUUGCGCUCUUUCUCGACCUCCUGGAGAAAGAAGGGGUUGAUCCUAGUUCUGAUCCGGGACCGGAGGGGUUUGGACAGGCGCUGCUGCGACGCGUCAUGGUGAAAACUAUUGCCAAGAUUAACGAGUUCAUCCGAGAUAUCCCAAAAAGACAUAAUGUCUCUGGCGUGGAAACUCGAAGUCUACUGAAUUUCGCGGUCACGGAUGGCCAUACGGUCAUUUGCACCCGGUAUAUCAGUAGCAAGACUGACGAGCCGGCUAGUUUAUAUUUCUCGUCGGGUACCAAAUGGAAGGAAGGGAAAGAUAGAGGCCACUUUAAAAUGGAACGACAUGAUAAAGGCGCAGAUAUUGUUCUGGUAGCCAGCGAGCCGAUUACCUUCGAGAGACAUAAUUGGGUCUCUGUCCCUGCAAACUCCAUCGUCACAAUUCACAAACAGACAGUGCUCUUACAUCCUAUCUUGGAUGAGUUCUAUAGCGAAGACUUGAAUCAGGACCGCUCCUCCUGUUACGCCGUAUCCAAAGGUCUUGUCAGCACUGCGCCGGGGACAACCGUACAACCUCAGACAGCGGAUGGACCCAAUCAAGCAACAACAAACGACUGUCCCAAGGACCAUACUAUUGCCGUUGAAGGGUUCAGGGUAGAUGAUCCCAAUCAAAGGAUGGCACGGCACCAAUUGGGAGGGAAUCAGUGUGCUGUAUCACAUUGA